AUGACAUGUGCACGCCGGCGGCCGUCCAGCAAUCACCUGCAGAUGUACCUCCCUUGUACCAGUGAGCUUCAUUCCUUCCACUCAUCGUCCGUCAACAUCGACGACGACGACGACGACGACGACGAGGAGGAGGAGGAGGAGGAGGAGGAGGAGGAGGAGGAGGAUGAGGAGGGGGAGGAGGAGGAUGAGGAGGAGGAUGAGGAGACAGACAGCAGCAACGGAUCUCGCCGCGCCCUCAGCCUGCACUCAGCUGACGCCGGUUGCGAGGCGCCGAGGCCGAUAGGGCUGAAUACCGGGAGCAUAUUAUUGAGAUCACCGCCAACCUCCAUCACCUGGUUCCAAGCCGUCCGUCACCCCAUCAAUGGCGUCCGCGAGGCCAUAUUUUGA